AUGUUGGCGCAGAGGGAAUACAAGCGGAGGCAUGAUAAUGUUGCCAAGUAUGUACAUUGGCGCCUCUGUGGAAAAUAUGAACUGGACAAAGCCAACAAAUGGUAUGAUCAUAAGCCGGAUGGAGUAAUUGAGAAUACUAAUUAUAAGAUCUUGUGGGAUGUCAUGAUUCAGUGUGACAGGGAGAUUGAGGCCCGCCGACCGGACAUCGUUGUAGUGGACAAGCAAAAAAGAGUUAAAAUCAUAGAUAUUGCAAUACCUGGAGAUGUCAGAGUAUACGAGAAAGAGAUAGAAAAGAUUGAUAAGUAUAAACCAUUGAAAGAUGAGAUUGCACGUCUGUGGCAAAUGCAGAAAGUGACUAUAAUUCCGAUUGUCGUUGGAGCACUAGGAGCCAUAACAAAUCGGCUUGGGAACUUUAUGCAAGAGAUUGGGAUAGAAAUUUGUAUCGAGCAUGUGCAGAAAACAGCGCUACUUGGGACAGCAAGAGUAUUAAGAUUGGUAAAAUGUUCGGCCUUGGUAUCAAACUUCACUGAUAUUAUCAGUAAAAACCUGAUUUCCUCCAAGUAUGAAUGCCUAGGGUUGCGAAGUUUAGCUGCUGCAUCGCGUCCUCCAGGUACUCCUCAGGGUGUCACAUGA